CCUAUUGUCUUCGGCCCGAAAGUUUAGCAUCCUAGCUUCAUAAACCUCCCAAUUCUUGAACAGCUCUAAGAGUCCAGACUAAAACCCUUUUCAUUCAUUUUCGUUGCGCAUUCUGAAAUCUUCAGGAAGCUGAAUAGUGUAGGAUAAAAUGGGUUGGAAGGCAGCGCAGAAACUGAUUCAUCACUGGAAGAUUCUUAGAGGUGAUAAUGUGAUGAUAAUCAGGGGGAAAGAUAAAGGGGAGACUGGUGUUGUUAAGCGUGUUGUUCGAACUCAGAAUCGUGUUAUUGUUGAGGGCAAGAAUCUGGUGAAGAAACAUAUCAAGCAAGGUCAAGGUCACGAAGGCGGGAUUUUCACAGUAGAAGCCCCCCUUCAUGUCUCAAAUGUUCAAGUUGUCGAUCCAGUCACAGGGAAGCCCUGCAAGGUUGGGAUUAAAUACUUAGAAGAUGGUACCAAGGUAAGAGUAGCAAGAGGCAUUGGAACAUCAGGAGCCAUAAUUCCUCGUCCAGAAAUCUUGAAGAUGAGGACAACCCCUAGACCUACUAUUGCCGGCCCCAAGGACACUCCUAUGGAUGUGGUUCUCGAGAAGACUUAUGAUCCUACAACUGGUAAGGGAAUGCCAGAUCUUUAAGCAUAGGUUGCCCGGACAGGAAAGCGGCUAGAGGAAUGGUGCUCCUGUUAGUAAGAAUUUAUCAUCAAACUCACAGCUCUUUGUUAUGUUUGUGGCUUUGAACAUAUAGCUAGUUUGGAAAUUGUUAAUUUCUUCUGGCGCUGAUGCACCGAUGUUGCAAAUUGACUUGCUACCUUCUUAGUUGUAUUGGUGGUUUUUUGUUUUUUUUGUUUUUUUUUUUUUUCCGAGGGAAUGUGGUUUUUUGUUUUUGAUGAAAGCCUUGGUGCUCCUUCCUUGCCUAAA